AUGUCGAUUUCAAGCCUCGCGAGCAGAUCGCGCUCGCACUCGCGGCUACACCGCCAGCAAUCCCAAAUUCUUCUAGCAAUGCCUCGCGAGCACAUCACACUCUCCUCGCGGCUCCCUCUCCUAGCCCCUCUAAUAGUCUCUCUCCUCCUCCUCACCAUCUCUUCCCAAGCCACUGUCGCAGCCGCCUUCCCCUACGCCUCCGCCCACGCGCGGUGGUUGCAGGACGUCUCCGCUCCUCCCCCUCCCCCCAUCGUCUCUCCUCCCACUCCCCUUGCGACGGUUUCUCCCCCUCCGCCUGUCGCUGCGGGUUCCGCUUCUCCUCCACCGCCCGACUCCUCCUCCCCUCCGCCUCCUACCACCUCCCCUCCGCCUCCUACCCCCUCCACUUCCCCGCCCACUACCUCCCCCUCACCUCCCCUCUCCCCUCCUCCUUCACCUCCUUUGUCCCCCCCUCCCUCACCGCCGCUGUCUCCACCUCCCACUCCCCCCUCUCCUCCGCCCUCCCCUCCCCCGACGCCUCCCCCUCCCCCUUCCCCGCCUCCGCCGCCUCCCCCUCUGGGUACUUGCCCGCUACCGUUCACAGUCGGCGCGCGCUGCACCAACUGCACCACGCCCGGCGGCUGUAUCUGCGACUCGUUCGGCGUGUGCCGGCCGACCUGCAGCUACGUGCCUGGCGUCGACUACAAAUCCCCCACCUGGCGGCGCGCGUGCAACACGUGCCCGAGCAAGCGCCUCGGCGUGCCGAACGCGCAGUGCGCGUGCGACAUCAACGGCAGCCAGCAGUGCGUGGAUUUCUGCGCGCUCCCAGAGAACAACAACGGCGUGACGCCGUGCGUGGGGUGCAAGAACGCGACGGGCAACGGGUGCGUGUGCGGGCGUGGCCAGUGCGUCGACGCGUGCAGCACCGCCAACCCCAUGUCGGCGCUCGUCCGCGGAGCGCCCUGCACCCUUACUCAAGGUCGAGCUUUUCUCGCUUUUGUCUCGCUGUCUCGCUGGCUGUCGGGCGGGGGCAGGCCCAAGGCGGGGAAGGACGGGUGCGUGUGUUCGCCGUCCAAGGGCAAGUGCGUUCCGUUCUGCAACGAGAAGGACGGCUUUAAGUGCUCCAACUCCGACUCCGGCGAGGGCUACUGCCGCGCGGGGCUCUGCUACGACAUCUGCGCCAUCGCCAAGCCCGGCACUGUUUGCCGCACGUGCAACACGACGAAAGGCGGCUCGGGACGUGCGUCGGCGGGAAGUGCGUGCCGCGGUGUGGAGUGGCAGGAAGCGACGGGCUGCAAUGCAGCUACAACUGCACGAGCCAAGUGUGCCUAUGCUCUGCCGGUCAGUGCACACCGCAGUGCCAACUACCCAAUGCAGAGGGAGGAGAAUGCUUCGACGGGUGCGACAGCGGAGGGCCGUGCAGCUGCUGGGUCGCAGCAGCGGGUUCACCGUGGGCCCGACGCACCGGCCGUGCACCAAGGGGCUGUGGAUUUGGAGCUCGCCAGUCAAAGUCACGGCGCCGGACGGAUCGUCAUACCACCUGCUGCUGCUGGACUCGGAGGGCAUCGAUGCAUACGAUCAGACGGGCACGUACAGCACGCAGAUUUUCUGCUGGCGGUGCUGCUGUCAUCACUUUUCGUGUACAAUCAGAUGGGCGGCAUCGACGAGUCGCCUCAAAAGAUCCUCUCUCCCCAUGCCUCCUCUCUUGUGGCCCCUGCCCACAGGGCACGUACAGCACGCAGAUCGUCUUGCUGGCGAUGUUCCCAGUGCCUUCAUCUGACUCAAAUCUUCUCAUUACCUUUCAUCUCUCAUGUGCCACAUGUGCAGGGCACGUACAGCACGCAGAUAUUCUCGCUGGCAGUGCUGCUGUCGUCGCUGUUCGUGUACAACCAGAUGGGCGGCAUCGAUGAGUCAUCGCUGGACCGCCUCUCCAUGGUCACCGAGAUGGCCAAGCACAUCCAAGUGCGCGCCAACUCUGCUUCAGCAGCAGGAGGAACAGCAGGAGGAGGAGGAGCAGCAGCAGCUGGGUCGGCCUCUGCCACGCAGGAGCUGGGGCUCUUCUCGCCCGUGUUCUUCUGGUUGCUGAGGGUGAGUUUCUGCGGCCAGGGUGAGGACUUUUACUUUGACCUCACGGAGGACGGCCGGGUGAUCACCCCGCGAGAUUAUCUGGAGACGGCACUGCAGUCCAUGGCGGAGAGCUCUGAGUCUGCACGCGCUAAGAACCAGAUCCGAGAGUCCAUCCGCUCGCUCUUCCCUGACCGCGAUUGCUUUGCCCUUGUACGCCCCAUCAGCAACGAGCGCCUGUUGCAGAAGCUCGACCACCUGCCCAUGGACCAGCUGCGACCUGAGUUCAAGCAGGGGCUAGACGCCUUUACCCAGGCGGUGUUUGCACGCGCUCGCCCCAAGAGGGUAGGCGGCACAGUCAUGACGGGGCCGAUGCUGGCAGGGCUCACUCAGACGUAUAUUCAGGCACUCAAUAACGGGGCUGUGCCCACCAUACUCAACUCCUGGCUGAGUGUGGAGGAGACGGAGUGUCGCAGGGCGUUUGAGGCGGCACUGGAGGCAUACAGCAGGGCAUUCGGCAACCCCGCUUCUGCCGAUGAGGAGGACCUACGAGCCCACCACAGGGCAGCGCUGCAGGCAGCAGAGGCAGCGUUCCGAGAGGAGGCGGUGGGGGAGGGGCAGGCACGGCACAAGUACGAGGAGAAGCUGCGGGAGGAGGCUGGGAAGAGGUUCGAGGACGUGUUGAAGCGAGUGGCAGCAGAGGCAGAAAUGAGGUGCAAGCGGUAUCUCGAUGCACUAGAGGCCAAGGUCAAGGGGCUCGCCAGGGGGCCUCCCCGGGCGGCGACUGCUGACGUGGUGCGCGCGCUGAUUGCUGAGCUGGCGGCGUACGAGUCGUCCAUGUCUGGCGUUGCCAAGUGGCGCUGCUUGUCAGCGUUCCUCGUCGCCAGCAUGCGCGGCCUUGUGUUGGACUCAGCUGAGAAGGAGGUCGCCGAAGCAAGGCAGCAAGCCGUUUGUGACGUCUCCAACUGUGUGCCCGUCUCUUCUCUUGCCCCCUCCGCUCCCCUCACAGUAUGCGCGGGCUUGUGCUGGACUCAGCUGAGAAGGAGCAUGCGAGGGCUUGUUUUGGAUUCGGCUGAGAAGGAGGUCGCCGAAGCAAGGCAGCAAGCUGCGUCCGCACUCAAGGACAAGCAGGCCGCUGAGGCCCGGGCGUCUGCCGAAGCUGCGGCCGCGGCUCGGGAGGCUGCCGCAGCAGAGGACUGGAAGAAACGGGUGGCGGCGGUGGAAGGACAGCUGGCAGACGCUAAUAGGCUGAUUGGCGAAGGGAGGGAGGAGAAGGAGAGGAUGAGGAAGGAGGUGGAAGAGGGGAGGAGGAGGGCGGAGGAGCGAGAGAGGGAGUGUGUGGAGUUGAGAAAGGAGGUGGAGAGAGGGAGGGAGGGAGGGGAGAAGGAGGUGAGGAGGGUGAGUGGGGAGGUUGAGAGGGUGAAAGGGGAGCUUGAGGAGGCAAAGAGGAGGGUGGGGGAGGAGCAAGGAGAGAAGGUGAAGUGGAGGGGAAUGUAUGAGAAGGAGGUGGGGGAGGGGAAGAGGGAGGUGGAAAAGGUGGUUGGCGAGAGGGAGGGGCUGAGAGGGGAGGUGGAGAGGGAGAGGCAGAGGAGGCAGGCUGAAGUGGCUGCGAUUCAGAAGGCGAAGGUCGAGUUGGAGAAGCAGUUGCGAGCAGAGGCGUCCAAAGCAGCAGCAGAGGCAAACGAGCUGAAAGUGAAGCUGGAGGUGAGACGGUAUUAG